AUGCACCAUACCAUGGAUAGCAGAAAGGAAGUUGGCCAAGAAAAUCAUGGAUAUGAAAUCAAUGAAACUGCCUUACAGAUUCUAGGGGAUGGUCAAAAGGUUGUGCAUCCUGUUGGUCAGAAAGAUGGUGACUUACAGUCAGAUGGGAAAGUCAUCGUUAUGGCAGGUGGAGACAACUCACCACACACAACAGUUCUGAGUGAAAAAGAAGGCAAACGUUCCUACUUUCCAAACGGUGAUGUCAUUGACCAAAACACUGAUCGGGAUUUGGUUCUUGAAAAGAAGGAGUUUGACCCUGACAACUGCAAUUUUUGUGCUCGAGGAAUUAUGCUUGUUCAGAGGGAAAUUUUUGACUUUUACCAGGAUCGCAUGGCCCAGAUAUGGACAAGCAUUGGAAUUGGCGCACUACUGGCUUUUUUCGCCUACUUUGCUUACGCCAUGUACUAUCGGUUUGGAGAUGAGGGUUCUAUCAGACUUUUGGUGUGCACGCUUCUGGGUGUCCUAAUACUGUCUCAGUAUUGUCUUCGUAGACAUCUGGUACGAUUGCUUGCCCCUGUCAACAAUUUCCUGACCAAUCCCAAAUACGAGAAAAUUCGACAGGUCACUCGAUGGUCUCUAUAUGUUAUCAACACUGUUGUGACCGUUACACUCAUCAUUGUCCUUGUAGCUUUGGAUACGCCCAAAAAUUUACUGUCCCUUGCAGGACUUGCCGCUUUCAUCAUAAUCUGUGUGGUUACAUCAUACAGUCCGGCAAUGAUAGAUUGGCACCCGGUCUUUUGGGGAUUUGCCAUUCAGUUUUAUUUUGCCAUUAUCAUUCUCAAGACACGGUGGGGUUAUGAAUCAUUUAAAUGGCUUGGUGAUCGCAUCUCAGAGUUUCUCAGCUACAGUAAUGCAGGCGCCAGCUUUGUCUUUGGUGAUUCUGUGACCUUCUACCCUGUUAAUGCCCCAGAAUUUACCAUUACUGGUGCUUAUAGGUUGCACUUUUUUGCAUUUACGAUCAUGCCAAUAAUAACAUUCUUCAGUACGGUUAUUGCCAUCCUGUACUAUCUUGGCGUGAUGCAGACCAUCACUAAAGUCAUCGGGAUGUUUCUCUCAUUUUGUCUGGGAACAACUCCAGCAGAGUCCCUGAAUGCAGCUGGAAAUAUCUUUGUUUCCAUGACAGAAUCACCGAUGAUGAUUCGGCCAUUUCUGUCAAAAAUGACCAGUUCCGAACUGCAUGCUGUGAUGGUCGGGGGAUUUGCCACAAUUGCCGGUGGUGUGCUUGGAGUUUACAUAGGAUUUGGCGUACCAGCAGAUCAUCUGUUGUCUGCUUCCGUCAUGUCGGCGCCUGCUGCUCUGGCUAUAUCCAAAAUCACUUACCCUGAGAUCGAGAUACCAGUCAUACGUCCUGAGGACUAUGACAAAAUGGAAAAGACCACUGAAGGUAAUGUAAUUGAAGCUGCUUGCAAUGGAGCCAUUGCCUCAGCCAAAAUCAUAGCCUCUGUUGUUGUGAACGUCAUUGCAUUUCUAUCACUGCUGAACUUCCUCAAUGCAACACUGACUUGGUUUGGUGACAGAGUUGGGCUGCAGAAUUUGUCUUUUGAGUUGAUUUGUUCUUAUGUUUUAUACCCUGCUGCAUUAUUCAUGGGAACAGAACCUGAUGACUGCCGUCAGGUUGCUGAGCUUGUAGGGAUCAAAACUUUCACUAAUGAAUUCAUUGCAUAUCAAAAACUGUCCGUUCUAAUAAAAAAUAGAGAAAAAUAUAAUGAGUAUGUUAGUAUAUAUGGGCCAAAUACUACACAUAUGGAAGGCGAUGAUCUGGUUUUAGAUUUACAGAAUGGAACCAAACUCAUCAAAGGAAUUAUGUCUCACAGAUCAGAAAUCAUUGCAACUUACGCCCUAUGUGGGUUCUCCAACUUUGGAUCUAUGGGUAUUCUUCUCGGAACAUUAUCUGCCUUGGCUCCUAGCAGAAGGCCAACAAUGGCUAAACUGAUCCUCAGAGCCAUGAUAACAGGAAAUAUUGCAUGUUUCUUCACUGCGUGUAUUGCAG